AUGGCAUCCAACAAGACUCGCUUAUUCGUCGUACCAAAUAAAAAUCGCCUAUACGUGACUGUUUAUCCCAACGAAGACGCUCCAGACGACAAGGAAAGAGAUGGCGGACCUAAUCAAGAACGAGAGAGCAGCUUCAGCUGGGGAUUCCUCAUCGGGCCAAAGCACGAGGACACGGCCAUCAACCCCGGUGUGCGAUACUACAUCCACCGCGUGCCGCUGGGAACGAGGGAGCGCCCCGAGGGCUUCCUCUGGCGGUACGCCGAGGACACGCUGCCCAGCAUCAAAUGCCCCGCGCGCAUGUACGCGCGCCUCCUCAUCGCCAAGAUUGAGGACGAGGACCGCCUGGAGCGGCUGCUGCGCGAGACGCCCCGGCCGCCGCGCGCCCCGGACGGUGACCGCGUCGCCGCCGCUGCCCUCCACGACGGCUACGACUCGCAGGUGUGGGUGGCGCAGGUGCUCGACCGGCUGGCCGCCGCCAGCGCGGGUAGGAAGCGCCGCAUCGUCGGCAGGGGCGUGCUCGACUGGCCGCAGAUUGAGCAGACGGCGCGACGCUACGUCGCGGAGAAGAUGGCCGCCGAUAGAUACAACGAGGACUAUCUGCGGGAGACGGAGCACCGGCUGCCGAAGCCGACGUGGGAUAUGAUCCUAGGCAAGGAGAUUGCGGGCUGA